CUCGCAUAACAUCGUUACCGUCAUCAUAAAUCAACUGAUAUACUGCAUACAGACACUACAAAAUGUCUCAUACACAAGGCCACGGCGCAACCCCCACGGGCAACCAGCCAACAACAUCCACCCGCGGCGGCGCAAGCGCCUUUCCCACCCCAGCCAACAACGCCGGCGGAGGAAGCGGCUGGGGCGAUAGCGGGUUUAUAAAGGGCGGAAUGGAUUCUGGCAAUCAGCUCUCUAGCUCCCCCAGCGAAUCCAAUCCCGUAAAGGUUUCUAGCACCUCGGGUGGAAUGUCUUCAAUUUCAGAGCAAAAGGCCACUGGCGAAGCGAGCUAUCGGCAUGAUCUUGAGGAGGCGGGUGGGGUGCCCGGCGCUGGGUCGAAUGCCGGUGCGGGUUUCGCAUAUCAUAAACCUGGUGGAUCGGAUACAUUGCCUGGGUGGGAGACGGCAAAGGGGGCUUUUAAGAGGUAGGUCUUUGUUUUUAUGCUGUCUUCUAUUUGGGAGCUAUGCUGAUUUAGCUGGGAUAGUGUUAUGGGGAAUGAGUAGAGGUUCCUUGCCGCGGGUGACAAAAUGAUUGU